GGGACAUAAUUUAGUGCCAUUUACACUGUUAUGUUAUCUUAUCUCUGUCGGUCCUUAAAUAGUGUAUAUUUGUAGGGACACUAAACAAUCAUGCAGAACAAAAGAAAAACAAUCAUUGCCAUCUUCUUGAAUCACUUUCUGAUUGUAGUUACAAGCUAUAAAUGCUUACAGUGCGACGAAGUUCCGUUGCCAAAUUUAUGUGAAGAAGUUGGAGAGUGUGGGGCACAUGAAGUGUGCGCUGUUGAGCAGUACGUGACCGCCGCCGGAAGUUUCCGGUACAGACAAAGUUGUAGAGACAAACUGGAAUGUGGAAGCGUGCAAUCCGGUCUUGGAAAGAGAAAUGAGUUGUUGACAUGCUCGGAGUGUUGCCAUGGUGAUCUUUGUAAUGCAGCAGGUUGUGGAGAGAAAGGUUUUGAUCUUGCGUUUGGGCCCAUCUGCUAUGCAUGUCCGCUUCAAAUCGGAACAGGAAGUUGCUCCAAGAUUCAGCAGUGCGGAAGGGACAAGUAUUGUUCCAUUCAUCCGGUUACACGACUUGGAGCGCCAGACAAUUUGUUUGAGACGAAAUGCACAGAGCAAAACAUGUGUGCUGCUCGCGACGAGAUAGAUUCAUCUGCGAUUGUUGGUCGUAAGAGAUCGACAUGUAGCGUUUGUUGCAAUUCCACGCUGUGCAAUGACUACGAUUCUCGACCAUGUGUACCAUCUACUACUACUUCAGCUGUAAAUUCAGUGACUACAGUCACUGCAUCGCCAACAACGAAAACAACUUCUGUGCAUUCAGGUAACACUUCACCAAUACAAACAGUCAGCACAGAGAAAAUUGUCACAUCAAACGGUUUCACCACAGCUCCUGUUACGGAGGAAGUGUGCGAAGAUGCUCCAGAUGCGAAAUGCCACGAAGGAGCCUGCAGCGGUAGUCCAAAGGAAUAUAUAGAGAAAAACUGUCGCAAAACGUGUAAAAUUUGCGGGAAGUCAACAGCAACAGUAAAAACUACACCCGUGGCAACUUCAAUUACCACGGCCACCUCGACUGCAAGUCCAUCUACUGUUACUUCCACACCGUUCAGAACAUCGACCAUGUCCGCAACAAGCAAAUCAGGGAUUACAGGUCACACACAUGAUCCUUUCUGCCUAGACGUUGCCGUUGGUUGUGACCAGUACGUUCACUUUUGUACACUAGAUGUAUAUAAGGACUGGACAAAAACAAACUGUAGAAGGACGUGUGAUUAUUGUUAGAAAGAGGAGACACCGAUACGCUUUUGAAACGUUCGUAUCGGUAUUUUGAUUUAUUUUUAGAUAAUGUCACACUAUGCACAUGUUUUAGAAGGCAUUUCCAAACUUCGUUUCUUAUGUUAACCUGCACAGUUGUCAAUAUGUUACAUUUUUGUUGUCAGAAAACGCUAUAUUAAAAUACUAGAACAGGA